AGAGAGAAUCCGGCUGCUGCCGCUGAGCUGCUCGCUCCUGCUGAGGGGAAGAGGAGGAAACAUGAGCUCCAGGAAAGUGAUGGCCAUCCAGGCUAGAAAAAGGAGGCCGAAGGGGAAGAAAGACAGAACCGGUCACCAUCGGAGGCCUGAGACGCAGCAGAAAGCCCCGGUGACUGCCCCCCCUCCCCCACCUCCCCCUCCGCCUCCCCCCGAGCCGGCAGGGCCCCCGGAGCCGGAGGAGGAGAUCCUGGGCUCCGAUGAUGAGGAGCAGGAGGACCCCGCAGACUACUGCAAAGGAGGGUACCAUCCGGUGAAGAUCGGGGAUUUGUUCAACGGGAGGUACCAUGUGAUCAGGAAAUUGGGGUGGGGCCACUUCUCCACCGUAUGGCUAUGCUGGGAUAUACAAGUGAAGAACUUUGUGGCGAUGAAGGUGGUGAAGAGCGCGCAGCAUUACACAGAGACGGCCCUGGAUGAGAUUAAACUGCUGCGAUGUGUGAGGGAGAGCGACCCCGCAGACCCCAACAAGGACAUGGUGGUGCAGCUGAUAGAUGACUUCAAGAUCUCUGGAGUCAACGGCAUACAUGUGUGUAUGGUGUUUGAGGUGCUAGGUCACCACCUGCUGAAGUGGAUUAUUAAAUCCAACUACCAAGGUCUGCCGCUGCCAUGUGUCAAGAGCAUUAUCAAACAGGUCCUGCAGGGUCUGGACUACCUCCACACCAAAUGUAAAAUCAUCCACACGGACAUCAAGCCAGAGAACAUCCUGAUGUGUGUAGACGAUGCUUUUGUUAGGCGUAUGGCCAUGGAGGCCACCGAAUGGCAGAAAGCUGGAGCCCCCCCACCCUCCGGAUCAGCAGUUAGCACAGCCCCGCAGAUCAAACCGGUGGGAAAGAUCUCCAAGAACAAGAAGAAGAAGCUGAAGAAGAAGCAGAAGCGGCAGGCGGAGCUGCUGGAGAGGCGGAUGCUGGAGAUCGAAGCGCUGGAGAGAGAGGCCGAGAAGAAGGAGGAGAGAUCCAAAGACGGGGGAGAGAAAGGGGAACACGAACACACCCCUCGUCCCUCUCAACCGCAGCUGGGCCCCAGCAUGGCUCUGGGAGAGAGCGACGAUGACGAUGAUGAUGAGGAGGACGGGGAGGAUGAGGAGGAGGAGGAGGUGGGAGAGAGGGAGAGGGAGAGAGAGAGGGAGAAGGACAGGCCAAUGAGAUUGACCAAUCAUACAUGUGCGGCGCCUCCCCAGGAGCAGAACGAGGAGCUCCACAUCAACGAAGAUGACCCGGAUGAGGAGGUGGAUGAGGAAGACGAGGAUGACGAGGAGGAAGAGGAGGAGGAGGAGGAGGAGGAGGAGUCCACGCCUGUCGCUGAAAAAGAUGAUGCCACUCUCCCCAACACGAAUGAGGGUAAUGGAAAUUCCACCAAAGCAGAGGUAGAGGAGGAUGGCGAGGAGGAGGAAGAGGAGGAUGCGGGGGAGGAGGAAGGGUUAAAAGGAGCCGAGAAUGAGGAAGAGGAGGUGGAGGGCAAGGUAGAGGAGGAGGAAGAGGAGGACGAGGAGGAGGAGGAGGAGGAGGAGGAGGAGGAAGAGGAAGAGGACGAGGACGAGGAGGAAAAGACUGAAAAGGAGGAAAGCAAAACAGAGGAGCCAAAGAGUGAGAGCAAAACAGAGGAUGAGGAGGCAGCUGUAGAGGAAGAGGAGUCAAAGGAGAAGGAGGGGGAGGAUGAGGAGGACGAAGAUGAGGACGAAGAUGAGGAUGAGGAUGACGAGGACGACGACACGACCACGGAACUCCUCACAGAAUCCACCUCGCCCAUGAAACCCCAGAACAACAAGAGCAAUCUGGCCAAAACCAACGGUCACGUUUCGUUGGGAUCCGAGGGACGGAAACCGAACCCUGACAAUCCUCCGCCCCGCCCCUCCUCCACCGCCGAGACCCUCCUCUGCCCCCUGGUGGAGUCGGAGCUCAGCUACACAGACCGGGACCACUCUCUCAGCUCCGGGUACGAGCUGUACAACGGAGACCUGGGCGAGCCGGGGCUGACCAACGGAGGCAGCAUCCGCCUUCCGCCCAUCAUCCCUCUCUUCCCCGAACUGCCCCUGGAUCCUCUGCCGGGAAACCCCAUUUCUGUGGGAAUGGUGGAUAUCGGAGCGGGCCCGUCCCCCAACAGCCCCACGGCUGACCGCAGUCGCACUGUGUCCUCCUCCAGCACGGGAGAUACUCCCAAGGUUAAAGCCCGAGCUGCAGAUCUGCUGAUCAACCCUCUGGACCCGCGCAACUCUGAGACUAUUCGAGUCAAAAUUGCUGAUCUUGGAAACGCCUGCUGGGUGCACAAGCACUUCACAGAGGACAUCCAGACGAGACAGUACCGCUCCAUCGAGGUCCUGAUAGGAGCGGGUUACAGCACUCCUGCAGACAUCUGGAGCACUGCCUGCAUGACUUUUGAGCUGGCCACUGGAGAUUACUUAUUUGAGCCCCACUCUGGAGAGGACUACUCCCGUGAUGAGGACCACAUAGCCCACAUCAUAGAGCUGCUCGGCUGUAUUCCGAGGCACUUUGCGCUCUCCGGAAAAUACUCCCGGGAGUUCUUCAACAGAAGAGACCACAUCGCUCUGAUCAUGGAGCUCCUUGGGAAGGUACCACGCAAAGUGUUCGCUGCCGGGAAGUUCAGCCGGGAGUUUUUCUCCAAGAAAGGCGAGCUGCGGCACAUCACCAAGCUGAAGCCCUGGUCCCUGUUUGACGUGCUGGUGGAGAAGUACGGCUGGGCGCACGAAGACGCCGGCCUCUUCACCCAGUUCCUGCUGCCCAUGCUGGAGAUGGUUCCCGAGAAGAGGGCCUCGGCCGGCGAAUGCCUCAACCACCCCUGGCUCAACUCGUAGCCACAAUGUCUGAUCAGAUGCCCUCCUCCCUUCGUCCCCCCCACUGUUAGCCCAAACAUCCCCCCCCCUGGUGGCAGCCGGUGGAACAACAGCAUGGAGAGAAGCUAAAGACAGUCGGAGUAGAUGAUUAUUCUUUCCUGCCCUAUCCCACACAUCCAUUUCAUGCUUAUCUGAGUAGGCUUAAAUACCACACAAGCCCAUCAUACAUUCCCAAAAGGAAUUCAAAGACAAGCAUAUGGAGAUAAUUUGGCAUAGUAGCUGUGUCUUCCAAAACAUCUCCCAAAAAGAUAAUUUAUAGAUGAUGGAUGCUGCUCACGUAAAAGGGAGAAGUCUGGGAAGAGAUGUGCUGCCGUGAAGACCCAGUCCCUUCCAUCUAAUCUCCUACGAAUUCUCAGUUUGACCUUGUUUGGAUCCAGUCAUGGAUCACUGAGAGCUGCUGAUCUUUUCGAUGACGUGAAACAAAAGUCAACGAGAAGCUUCAUCUGCCAUGACCUUAACGUAGCUUGGGCCUCAAAGACAAUUGUGUUUAUGAGAAGAUAAUGAGCGCUGAGCUUAAGACCUAUACAUAGACCCUUCUUCUCUCUUUCCAGCCCUGUUGGCCUUCCUUGCGCUCCCUCGCCCUGCUAUGGAAGGACGCACACCCACAUCGUACUUAAAGUUUACACCCUGAUUUCUUCCACAUAUCCAAUCCCAAGAAGCCCCUCCUAACUGUUUGGUGUCCCUUCUAUCCCCCUUGUAAAUGAGCUAUAUGCUCCUGCUGGGGCCGCCUCAGAGAACUGGAGGGCAGCCAGUCCUCCAGGGGGCUGACAAAGACUGACAGAAAAAGUGCGGGACGAGCAUUAAACAAAAUACAAUCAAUUCAACACGGAGGAGGACUGCUUGGUCUUAAAAGACUAUUUUUAAAAUGCAUGGAGAGACUGAUGGAUCAGCAUGAACGGAUAUGACAAAUGGACGAUGGAUGCGAUAUUUUAUUUGCGCUGCUUUCUUUCCUGUUUCAUCACCUCUCUUGGACAUUAUGUUAGAAAGACUUAUGUUAGGAUAUUUUGGUGCCCCCUCUGAGUGAGGAAACUAUGUUACAACCUGUUCCCCUUCAGCUUUUGACAUCCCUAAUUCUUGGUCCUCAGCCAUCAUUCCUGAAUUUUAUUCCCAAGAACAAUUCUGUUGAUUCUGUCGUGGCACGUUUACCUAAUCUAUCUGAUUGGUACUAUUCCCCUUUUUUCCCUAUAGAGGAACCCUUUGAUCCCUUAACUAUUCCAGAAAGGGGAUGGUCACAUGGAGGUUGCACUUGUCUUUGUAGAUGUCCUUCAGGGAUUUGAAACCUUUGUACAUAGAACUGAGAUCUUGCAACGCAGACAAGCGACCGUGGACAAAGUUUCAACACACAAGCAUCAUUCCAAAAACAGAGGCUGACGUUGGCAUAUUUUAACUUCCUCUGGCACAGGGGGCCAUCGCUCCUGGAGGGAUGUUCAUACUGAACUGUGCCACCUGGUGGCUGGAUGAGAGUACUGCAUUGCCACACACUGCUGCUACUCUCAGUGCCAACGCUCCGAGACGUUCCACUUUAUCUCUCCACUUAAUCUCUAUUUCUCUGUUACACACACACACACACACAGAAACACACAAGAGAACAUCGUCACAAUUAGUCCAGUUGCCUAUUUUUCGCAAUAAAUGAAAAAAGAUGAGUAUAAGUAAAUGGUGAGAUAUUUUUAAAAACUAUUUAAUUCAUUAAAAAAAGAGGGAAAAAAAUAAAACAACUUUUCUCUGGUUGUUGUGACCGUGACAUAAUCUCGUCUUAUACUGAGGUGAUUGUGUUUGUCUUUUAGAGAUGUUUUGAUUUUCUUUUGUCAUUGUUAUUAUUAAUUAUUAUUAUUGAAAGAUUUUUUUACACAGUUGUCACCUCUCCCCUCCCUCCUUACUUGAACAGUGCUGCUCUAUCUGGGCUCUUGAUGGUGAUAAAAGAAAAAGUCAACAGUUUUGCAAUAAAGGGUAUGUGAUGAG